AUGGCUGCUCGAAAUACUCUGCGGCGGUCGCUGCUUUACGUCCCGGGCUCCUCGCAACGUUUUCUCGAUAAAUCUCGGUCUCUGACCGCCGAUUGCGUCGCCUAUGACCUCGAAGACAGUGUCACUCCGCACAUGAAGGCGGAGGCUCGCUCCCUGGUGCGCCGAGCUUUGGAUCAUCCCACACCAGCGGGAAUCCGGGAGCGUGCGGUGCGAAUCAACUCGGUUGACAGUGGAUUGGCAUUGGGUGAUCUCACCGAAGUCCUUCAAUCGCCCAACCUGACAACCGUCGUUAUUCCUAAGGUCAAUUCGGCGUCCGAUCUGACCUUCGUCACCGAUGUCGUCAAUCAUACUUUGGCUCAGCAGCAAUCACCUGAAAACCGCCCGCCAAUCUCGCUCCUGGCACUCGUUGAGUCUGCCAAAUCGCUUACCAACCUUUCCCAAAUCUGUGCUGCCUCUCCCUUGCUCCAGGGCUUGAUCUUCGCGGCCGAGGACUUUGCAUUAGACUUAAGCAUUACCCGCACUCCUUCGUUGACGGAGUUUCUGUUUGCACGGUCGGCCAUUGCGACUGCAGCCCGUGCAGCCAACUUACCGUCCACCAUUGAUUUGGUCUGCACCGCCUAUAAGUCUGAAAAAGCAGAUGGUUCGCCACCAGCAGUUCUGGAAGAGGAAUGCUGGGGCGGCCGACGACUCGGAUUCAACGGGAAACAAUGCAUUCACCCCUCGCAGGUCAAGGUCGCGAAUGAAAUCUUUGGUCCCGACCCUGAAGAGACCCAAUGGGCAAUGCGCGUGGUCAUCGCGGAUGAGAAAGCGGCGGCUGCUGGACGAGGUGCGUGGACGCUGGAUGGUAAGAUGAUUGAUGUGCCAGUGGCCCACAAGGCAAGGGCUAUUGUGAAAAAGGCCGAGGCUUGUGGGAUUGAUAUCAAUUCUCUACGGGAACAAUGGCAGCACCAGGAGCCCGAGUAA